ACGGUGUCACCUUGAAUUGUGCUCUGAAUGAAUGAGUCCGUUCUCCUUGGCAGAGAGGCCCAGCGUUAGUUCCUAUCCGAGGCGAAAGGGUUCGGGUUCGGGUCCAUUCAUGCCUUAAGGUUCGGUUUCUUCACCGCCUCAGGUUAACAUGGGAGUGGUCCUGCGGAACCUGCAGAAGGUGGUUCCGCUCCGCCGCGCCAGGCUGCGCCGGGACGUGGACACCCUGAGACACAUCCUGGGCAUCCAGAAGUUCGACCUGGGCGUCAUCUGCGUGGACAACCGCAGGAUCCAGCAGAUCAACAGCGUUUACCGGAAGAAAGACGCGCCGACCGACGUCCUGUCGUUCCCGUUCCACGAGGACCUGAGGCCUGGAAAGCUGCCCUGCCCCCUUCACAGAGACGAGCUGAACCUCGGAGACAUCUUUCUGGGGGUGGAGUUUGUGAUGAAGCAGUGCCAGGAGGAAUCUCUGGACCUUCAUGGUGCUCUUACUGCGGUCACUGCACACGGCAUCUGUCACCUGCUGGGCUACCGACACGAGACCGAGGAGGAAUGGACUGAGAUGCUGCAGAGGGAGCGCUACAUCCUGACCGAGUACAACAGACUCACCGGGCGCCGCCUGGAGCCGCUCAUGAAGAGGUCCGGCCCGGACACGUGACGGCGCCGCGGAUCCACGCCGCCCUCAUCGUUUUGCACUAAUUUAAUUCCCUGCUGAUUGUUUUUGUGGUUUUAAUGUUAAAACACGAACCCCCCCUCCCCUUCAGCGGCACGCGGAGCUGAAACACCAACAGAACGAAGCCAGUCUGUACUUUGACUAUAAUUUUAUUAAAAUCUGCUUUUAGGAAGAAUCAGUCGUGUAUGAAGGGUAGAAAACGCGUCCCACUCUCUCUGCAUAAAUACAUUUUAGCCUCUGCACAGCACUCAGGACACUACAGGGGUUCACUCAGACAUGAAGGAGAGGGGGGGGGGGUUAAAUCUGCUGCUCUCCGGCCAGGUGGCGUCAUCUCUGCCCAAAGUGAGAUUAAACACUAAAGGAAAUCAUCUCCUCAGGGUGAAUUUUACAGACUGAAAGCAGAACAAGGUGUCUGACGGAGUCGAUAAAUACUGAGGAGACUUCGAUGGUUCUGGGCAGCAGACGCCAUAAAAAAAAAAAA